CCUCCAUGCCUGUGAUUGGCCCGGGGGUGAGGACAGGCUGUGCGGGCAGGCCGGGCUAUGUGUGGCUGGGAUGGGAAGGGGGAGGACUGGGCUGUAACGCGAUCUGGUCGGGCAGGUUCUCCCUCUUUUGUCUGACACUAGGCUCCCGACCAGCCGGAGAAGUUGCAGAGUGAGCCAGUGCGCGCUGCGGAGAGCCCGGGACCGGACACGGGGCACAGGAGGAGGAGAGCGGGCACAGGAGGCAGCAGGACACGGGCACCCGGAGGCUGGAGGUCUCAGAAGGUGGGAAACGACGCAGAUCUCUACACCGAAACCAGACGGCAGCCAUGGUAUUUCAAGCGGUCGGUAGACUACUGGGAAAACACAAUAGAAUAAAAAAGAAGGCUGCAGCGGCAGACAGUGAGAAGUUGUACUUGGAGCCGCGAUACACCGCCGCCCGGAUACUGGAGGCCGAUAUCUUGAUGCUAAUAGCGUUACCGAAAGGACUGAAUGUGGAGGAGUGGCUGGCCAGCAAUGCAUCAGCCUUCUACAACCAUGUCAGCCUCAUGUACGGAUCCAUCUCAGAGUUCUGCACCAUAUCAACUUGUCCCACCAUGAAGGCCUGGUCAACACAGCUCCAGUGGACGGACGAGAAGGGGCGUAAGAGGAAGUGCUCUGCCCCGCAGUAUGCAGACUAUGCUGCCAGUAUCAUUCAGAAACUGCUGACAGAUGAGGACCUGGUUCCCACUAAACACAGCAAAGAGUUUCCAAAGGCCUUUAAACCAGCUAUCCAGAAGACCUUCCGGCUGCUUUUCCACCUUCUCGGACACGUCUACACCUGUCACUUUAAGACUGUGGUUCACCUGGAACUGCACCCCCACCUUAACACGCUGUACCUGCAUCUUCUCCUGUUCUGCGCAGAGUUUCACCUCCUCGACUCCAAAGAAAUGGCCUUGAGUGAAGACUUAACCACAGCCUUGAUACAUUCUGGUCCCUCUCCCAAAACCUCAGGAAGUCACAGCCGGAACACUUGAAGCAAACCACUGAACAAGGCUAUUUUUGUAUUUAAUUCCUACAUAUACUGCCACCGGGACUUGUGUUACUUUUACGUAUAUAGCAAAAGCAUAUAAUACCUAUUUCUGUGUUAUCUCCUUCUUGGCGUGGCACCUUAAGCACAGCUUUUACUUGCCAAAAUAAAGGUCACAACGUCCAGCAGUGGGCAUUGCAAAGCAUUUUGGGAAAUGCGCAGAGAGACACGGAUGGCUGCGCGCGUGGAGCUGGUUGAAGCUGAAUCCAGGGACCUACAUACAGCAUUAGACGGAACACAUAGAAUGUGCGCCGGUUCGUUUCGCCAACAUCCGGUGAACCGAGUAAAGGUUGCCCAGAGACUUUGUUACAAGGUGGAAAGUGGUGUUUUUGGCCUAUCCGUGUAACUGGCAUUGGAUGACACCCACAGGCUUAGACUUUUAUAUGCGGGCGAGAUCAGAUGCUCCAGGACGGGCACUUCUUCUUUCUUUUUGUUAUUUUUUUUUUUUCUUUACUUAAAUUUUUUUUAAAAAAAUUAAAUUAUAGACGCGAAUUACAUAUUUUAAGGACUUGGUUAUAGCCAACGGUUAUGUGUAUAUUUUAUUUCAGGGGAUAUGUUACCUUUUCUUAAGAAACAAAAACGCACUUCUGUUUUGUAACUUAUUCGUUUUAAGAAAAAUAACAAAACCACCAAAAAAAAAAAAAAAAAAAAAGUUGCAUUUACUUAUAUAUAUAAAAAUGAAAUCCUUCUAACUGGGUAUGUGCCGCCUCUUCUGUUGUUGGACUAUAGCUGUCACCGUGAUGUAUUCUGUUGACCAGCUCAAGCUUCUCGCAUCCUAUUGGUCUGGAAAGCAUAGGAGAUAAGAGAUAAGACAUUGAUGGUGGUGGAAGUUUUUACCCCUAUGCAGACUCUGCUGUGUCAGCCAUUUUGUCACAAUAGCAACACCUUGAUAGACCGCUCACACUAUAAUGAAAAUGUCCUUUUGUAAAAAAAAAAAAAGCUGCUAUCAGAAUUCACAAAUAUAUUUUAUAAAAAUUCUAAUGACUUCA